AUGGCAUCUCUUCGUGAAGAUGCCGAGAAGCAAACGGUGGAACACCAGGAUCUUGCCACCGCGUCUAAUGACAAACUUGAGAGCCAACUUGGAGAGGCCGGUGAUGCCGAUAGCGACUAUGGAUUUACAAAAGCUGAGCAGAGGAGUAUCAUUCGCAGAAUCGACCGUCGACUGGUUCUUACCGUUGGUGUUAUGUACUGUGUUAGUCUUAUGGACCGGACCAAUAUGAGUGCUGCCAACAUUGCGGGCAUGAGUAAGGAGCUCACGUUGAUUGACAAUCGAUAUAUCUCUCAAACAAUGGGCGAGAAGAGCAUGUUGCUGACUCCAACUAUAGAUGAGGUUGGCAAAAGAUACUCGGUGUUUUAUGUUAUCGGGUGUUUUGCAUCUGCCUGCGCCGGUAUUUUGGCUUACGGCCUUAACGGACGGGAAGGCCUCACAGGUUGGCGCUGGAUUUUCAUCAUCGAAGGCGCACUGACUUGUGGCCUGGCAAUUGGCUCUUACUGGCUUCUGGUCGACUUCCCUGACGCCACGCGCAAGACUUGGAGCUUCUUAAAUCUGCGAGAGCGGCAGUGGGUUGUCAGUCGUGUCCAACGUGACAGAGGUGAUGCUAAGGUUACGUCAUUCGACCUCCGAAAGUUCCUCCGAGGCGGAACGGACUGGAAGAUUUGGGCUUAUGCUAUGAUCUUCUUCAACACUACGGCUAUGAGCUAUGCUCUUGCUUAUACGCUACCAGUUCUCCUUGUUUCCAAUUUAGGAUUCUCCGUAGGGGCAGCUCAGUGCCUUGUUGCUCCUCCUUAUGCUUUUGCUGCCAUUGUCAUGUUCACCACGGGCUGGCUUGGAGACAAGUAUCGCAUUCGUGGACCGAUAAUUAUUGGCAAUAUGUUACUGUGCCUCAUUGGCCUGCCGAUAAUGGGCUGGCACUCCAAGGCUGCUGUACGAUACUUUGGCGUUUUCCUAGUUACAGCCGGCGCGAAUAGCAACGUUCCUGCUACGAUGUCUUUCCAGGCCAAUAAUUUGCGUGGCCAGUGGAAGCGAGCUUUUUGCAGUGCCACGCUUGUUGGCUUUGGCGGCAUCGGCGGCAUUUGUGGCAGUCUUGUGUUCCGGGAGCAGGACAAACUUACUGGUUACAAACCCGGCAUGUAUGCAUGUAUCGCCUGUACGCUGCUCAGCAUUAUUCUGGUUUGCGUUUGUGAUUUGGAGUUUUUCCGACAAAAUAAGAAGGCCGACAGAGGCGAGAAGGUAUUGGAGAGCGAAGAUAAUGUAAGACUACCCGUCCUAUUACACCCCGAUGGUGCUUGA